AUGUUUAAAACGUGGUUAUCUUUACUAUCCUUUCUUCAGAAUAUUUUUCUUUUCAAUGGCACGAAAAUUUCAAAACAAAAAAUUCAGAAUGAAGUGGAGCAGGAAAUGCGACGCAAAACAGUGAUUGGUAAAGCUCGGAUCGGAGGACCAUGGGAAUUAGUGGAUACAGAUGGUAAUGUUGGUGGAUCUGAAACGCUAAAAGGCAAAUGGCUGUUAAUUUAUUUUGGCUUCACUCAUUGCCCAGAUGUCUGUCCUGAUGAAAUAGAAAAAAUGGUUAAGGCUGUUGACAUAUUGGAUCAGGAUAAAGAGCGUAAUUUUGAAGUAAUUCCUGUAUUUAUAUCCGUAGAUCCUACUAGAGAUACGAUUGAGCGCGUAAAAGAAUAUUGCCUUGAAUUUUCUCCUAAGUUGAGAGGAUUUACUGGUGCUAAGGAUCAGGUUGAUAGAGUCACCAAAACUUUCCGUGUUUAUUACAGUCAAGGACCAAGCACACCAACUGCUCCUGAUGAUUAUAUUGUAGAUCACACAGUUAUUAAGUAUCUAGUAGAUCCGGAUGGUAACUUCCAAGAUUUUUACGGUAAGCCAUUCUAUUUCUUUUAUUAUUUCCAUUAUUUCUAUUUAUUUCUUGUAAUAAGAAUGUCAAAUGUAUCAAAGUCAUCAGAAUAUAUUGUUCGAGUUCCGAAGCGUAAUCCAGCUAGGCGUUACUCGAUAUUGAAAUUUAAUGGGACAUUGAAAGUCGAUCCGAGUCGUUGGGCUUCAUCGGAUAUAUCUAUACAAAUGAUUAGAGAAGAUAUGAAAUCACAAUUUUCUGGUGCAGAAAUAAAGCAGGAAUAUGGUGAAGGAAGCGAAUAUGGCAAAGCAGCUAGAGAAGAAGCUAGGCGAAAAAAAUAUGGCCACCGAUCUAUUGCCCAUAUAUAUGAUAACCAGCCUUGGAAAUUGACUAUUGCUGAUUCUAGUGGUAAAGAACGAAAGUUCCGAAGCAUUCGUGAGGGUGGAGCAGGUGAGCAUGCUGUUUACUGGGUAUUUUUGAAAUCAGGUGAUGAGUUUCAUGCCCAUAAAGUUGAUGAUUGGUACCAGUUCUUACCUGCCAUAACCCAUCGUACUCUUGAUAUCGAUCAAGCUGAAGAACAGUUUCGUCAGCGAAACCGAGUGUUGAACCAGUUUGCCCUGAAAGCUCAAAUUCAACAACAGUUAAAAGCUAUGGAUGAAGAUGAUGAGCAAAUUGUGAAAAAUGCGAAAGCGCUGAAAAUCAAAGACGAAAGUAGUUCAAGUGAUGAAUCAGGAGAAUCAGAUAAAGAUGAAGAAACGCUCGAAAAAUCGAAUAAAAAAAAAAAGGCCAGAAGAGAUAUGAAAAAGAAUGAUAAAAAGCAACGCGUCGAUAAUGCUGAUGAAAUAGCUGCGUAUGAAAGUGAUGAUGGCGACGAUGAAGGUCGUGAAUUUGAUUACAUGAGUGACAGCGGGUCUGACAGCGAUCGUGAUCAAGUGCCUAUGGAACAAAAAGUGGAUGAAGCUAUGGUUGCAGUGGGCGAUGAAACUGGUUUACGGAAAUUGAUUGGAAGUGAUGAUUUCAGUGAUUCAGCAAGUAGUGAUGACGAUGAUCCAACGAAGAAAUUAUUAGAAGCUGCAGAAGAUGACGUGAAAAAACGUUUUCAAGAUAUCGAAGAAAGAGGUGGUUUAUCUAUUUGUUUUCAGAUUUUUUUUUUUCUUUAUUUCUCUUCUCUUUCAUUUUUCUUAUUUCCAGAUUCCUCCGGAAGCGAUUCUGAUGAUCCAGAUAGAGAAGUCAGUUCGGCAUUAUUUCUUCCCGGAAAACCAGUGGAAGAAGUAACAUCAUCAUCUAGUGCAAAGAAACGUUCACUGGAGGAUGAUCCAAUAGAAAUUGUUGAGGCAAAAAAACUUAAACCUAAUGAACAAUCAUACGUUCUGAGUCAACCUCAGUUUGAAGGUUUGAAUGAUGAAACUGUGCGACGAUAUUUGCGAAGGAAACCGCAUACAACGAAAGAACUUUUAUCAAAAUUCAAAUCUAAAUGUGGGGAUAUGGAGAAAUCAGAAAUUGUACAAAAAUUAGCAACGAUCCUCAAGAGAAUUGAACCUCAUCAAUUUAAACAAAAGCAAGGCAAGAAAGAAGUAUUAUUUUUUUCGCUAAGCAAUACUGUUGCAUAA